CAGCUGGUGUUCAUGGAGGAGAGAGAAAAACAAACGGACCAUGUGACCUAACGUGAAACCGGUGCGAGAUGAGGACGGUCACCGCUCGGGAGGACAUCGACUCCACCAUCUAUGGCCCCGCUGCGAUAAAUAACCCGUGCUAGCUUAACAUCCAAUCGCCGUAUCCCUCCGGUAACGUUACCGAAUUACUCCGGUAACGUUAGCCGCGUGAGAGAGAGGUUGCUAGCGGGCCGAUUGACGACGUGCAGCCGAGGCGAGUGAAAGACAAUAAGCGGUGGAACAGGUACAGACAGAGGUCGACAUUCUCUCCUUGUGUCAUGUGUCCAGUGUUAAAGUAUGAGUGAAGCUGGUGUUUGUUUCUUCAUCGUGUGAAUUUGCUAAUGCUGAUUGAUGUGGCUUGAUGGCUAUUUAGCAAGACCUGACUGAGGCUACCACUCCUUGUUCAAAACAGCUAAGUGUAUGUGCCGGUGACGUCAGCCAUGUUUUGGAAGUUUGACCUGCACACAUCUUCUCAUCUGGAGGCGAUACUGGACAAGGAGGAUGUCACACUUGCUGAGCUCAUGGAUGAGGAAGAUGUGCUGCAGGAGUGCAAGGCUCAGAACAGGAGACUUCUCCUGUUCCUGUGCCAGGACCAGUGCAUGCAGGAGCUGGUCUGUAUGAUUACUACAGAGCCCCCUGCUGGUGGAGAGGAGACACAGCGUUUCAAGUAUCCCAAUAUAGCUUGUGAGCUGUUGACAUGUGAUGUGGGAGUGAUCAAUGAUAAGCUGGGUAAUGAGGAGUCCCUGCUGGAAACUCUGUAUGCCUUCCUGGAGCAGCCAUCCCCACUUAACCCCCUCCUGGCGUCUUUCUUUAGCAAGACAAUUGGGAACCUCAUCACACGGAAAACUGAGCAGGUGAUUAAUUUUCUGCGAAAGAAAGAGGGAUUCCUUUCCCUGGUCCUGAAGCAUAUUGAUACAUCAGCCAUGAUGGAUGUGCUCCUACGACUCAUCAGCUGUGUGGAGCCACCCCCUCUUCGACUUGAGACUCUUACUUGGCUGAAUGCAGAGAAGUUGGCCGAGAGACUCAUAGAGCUCAUUCACCCUGAGAGAGAUGAAGAGAGGCAGUCCAAUGCUUCUCAGACUCUGUGCGACAUCAUUCGUCUGAGCAGAGACCAGGCCAAUCAGCUCCAAGAGAUUUCACAGCCUGACCCUUUGCUGACUGUGCUGGAGUCGCAGGAGUGUGUGGAGCAGUUGUUGCAGAAUAUGUUCUCGGGAGAAAGGACUGAGAGCUGUAUCGUCAAUGGGAUUCAAGUUCUUCUCACAUUGCUGGAAAUCAGGAGGCCUGUGGUGGAUGGUGUAAUGGAUGCUCAGGGAUUUGAGAGAAGUUACACUGUAAACAGCAGCAUUCUGUUGGCCAUUGAACCACACCUGGUACACUUCCACCAGCUGCUUCUGGAGCCUCCUAAGAGACAUCCUAUACUGACAAGCCUGGGUGUGCUGAAGGAACCACUGGGAAACACACGUCUGCACGUAGCCAGAUUGGUUGCCUCUCUGCUGUACACCAGCUCUGCCAGCCAUGCAGUCGUAGCACAGGAACUUUGCAGACUUAAUACAAUGGACCUGCUUCUGGACUUGUUCUUCAAGUACACAUGGAACAACUUCCUGCACCUCCAAGUGGAGCUUUGUGUUGCAGCCAUCCUCCGACCCUGUGCCCAUGAAAUGAGACUCCAGCCUGGUUUGGGAUCUCAGGACAAAUUCAGGCUUCAUCAGGAUCCAUCACAAGAGCAGGCUUUUGCUGAGACCCCCACUCCAGAACCUUCAAUCACCCCUGAAAACUCUGCACAUAACUUAAUGGUGACUCAUUUGUUUCAGCACUGCCACCUUGUCCAGAGGAUUCUAAAGGCUUGGGAGGAGAACGAUAAAAUACAAUCAGAAGGUGGUAUGAGAAGAGGGUAUAUGGGGCAUCUGACCAGGAUUGCCAACACAGUCGUCCACAACCUGGAAAAGGGCCCAGUUCAUACACAGAUUAGUAGCCUCAUCACAGAGCUGCCAGAGGACUACAGAGGACGCUGGGAAAAUUUUGUGGACCAGACCCUGUCAGAGACCAAUAGGAAGAACACCAUAGACCUGGUUGGCACGGGAAACCCACGUCCUUCUUCAGAAGAUGAUAUGGAAAGCCCCUUCCCUAAAGAACUGACACUACAGCAGGCCUUUUCAGACUACCAGAUUCAGCAGAUGACUGCUAACUUUGUGGAUCAGUUUGGCUUCAAUGACGAGGAAUUCACUGAUCAUGACGACAGCAUCGGGGCGACGUUUGACAGGAUUGCUGAGAUAAAUAUCAACAUCGAUUCAGGCCAGGACAGUGCUAAUACUGCUGUGUUUGAGGCCUGUUCCAAGGAGAGGAUUCAACCCUUUGAUGAUGAUGAAGAGGACAUCUGGGAGGAGAAAGAGAUCAACUAUGCAACUCAAACAAAGUCCCGAAACAGGUUUGGUGGGUCACAGUUCUCCCAGAACCAAGCAGCCACUAAGGCCUGUGACAGGACUUCAGCUUCUGGCACUGAGGUCUCUGACAGCGCAGCAGACUCAGAGGAAGGAGAGGAGCACAAAGAUGCCUUAGAUCCUUUCUCAAGCCAAGGCCAGACUGAGUCAGCAAAGAGCACUGGCUGGAUAGCAGACUUUGGGGAAGUGAACUCGAAGGCUCCUGCAGCAGGCGUGGGCUUUGCAGCGUGGGACACUCCACUCUCUCAACCAGCUGCCACAGAUGGAGAGGAGAAGGGGUGGGCCAAAUUUACGGACUUCCAGCCUUUUUGUUGCUCUGAAACAGGCCCUAGAUGCAGUUCUCCAGUGGACUCUGAGCUCAGUGGAUCAGAAAACACCAAAACAAACCAGACCCCUUGUGUGUGGAGUGUGUGUGUGGCGAGAAAAGCUCCACUGGUGGCAUCAGACAGCUCUUCCUCCAGCAGUUCUGACAGCGAUGAGGAAGAAGGCAAGACGGUGUCUUCAUCCAGUGAGACGGUCACCACGGAGACCAUCACUACUGGUGCUGGCAAGGAGACCAUUCGGCUAACCAUGGAUGCUAAAAAUGAGAGGGCGGUUUUCAGCAGUGAAGCGGUUAAGGUGCCAAUAGAGGGGCUAUCAGUACAAGACACAGGGACAGGCAAUGAUAAAGACAAUGAAAAAGGAAAGAAGAAUGGAGACUGUCCCAACCCAACUACUGCCAGUCCAUCUAACCAGUCGGCUGCCGUCACACAGUAA